CAGUCAAUCCAAAAGUGGACGUCGUAGGAAGAGUCGUUGUUGGCGUCGGGUUGGGUUGACGUCUCCGAGCAUCCUAUCGUUGGUAAAAAUGAUAUGUUUUCUAAUAUAUCUGUGUUCUUAUUUAUAUAUUUGGGUUACAUAUUUGUGUUAAAAAAUUUCGUUCAAUUAUAUACUUUUUAAAGGUUCGGAGCAAAUGAAGGAUGCAACGUGGGAUUAUAUCGAUGAGAAGUUCUUUGCGGCGAUGAACAAAGAUGCCUCGUACUGUACUCUGGACCAACUCACUUCGAAAUGGGGCCACAUCGACCGUAAAGUCCAAAAGUUUAUCGGAAUUUACGAGGAAUGGUCUCGGUCCCGGAAGAGUGGGACGAAUGACGCCGAUGUUCUCCGGCUUGCCAUGGCCUGGUAUCAAGACGACGGGCACCAAGGCAAGGUGCCCAUCGAUCAUUGGAGAAUUUUAAGCCGUUCACCGAAAUGGCAACAACUCAACAAUCCCGAGGCCGGAUCCUCAAAGAAAAGAGCCUCCGUCGAGGCCGAGGUUGAGGUCGAUGACACUGUCGGUUCGUCCGAACAAAUGCAUCCCUUCAACGUAAACGAUUCUGAUUACAAGGACCCCAUUCCACGGCCGAUCGAAAGAAGACAAAAUCUAUUGCCCCGGGUUCUUGAGGGUCCGGCUCUGUUUGUUCUCAUGUCGAUAUCGGCCGGGUAAUGGUUGAACAACUUUGGGUGUUCAAUAUUAGAGAAGAAGAGAGGGAGAGAAGAAAGCAAAAGAAGAAAGAUAUCAAAAUAUUAAAUGUUCUUUUUUAUUGAAUGUAAUUUUUAUGAAUUAUUGUCAUUUUAAUUUUUUUAAUUUAAUGAAUGUAACUUUUUUAU